UUGUCAAAUUCCCACCACUUGAUUAUCUCUUGCCGGCUCAUAAUUUUAUAAUUUUUUUUCCAUUUAUUGAUUGAGAAUUGUUUGUGAUAGUGUUAUUGAGGAAAUAUGGCACUGAAGCAAACUACCUUUUUGUUCUCUUUAACUAAAAGAUCUCCUAAUUGGAAUAAUGUGGUACAAAGAGCUGGCUCAUGGUGGUCUCAAGUAGAGAUGGGUCCUCCAGAUGCAAUUUUAGGAGUGACCGAAGCAUACAAAAAAGACACCAACCCAAAUAAAAUAAACUUGGGAGUGGGUGCAUACAGAGAUGAUAAUGGUAAACCCUAUGUUCUUCCUUGUGUGAAAAAAGCAGAAUCUCAAAUAGCCGCCAAAAAUUUAGAUAAAGAAUAUUCUCCAAUUUCGGGAAGCGCAGAAUUGUGCAAAUACAGCAUAGACCUAGCUUUAGGAGACGAUUCAGAAGUUGUCAAAAACGGUAGAAAUGCAACAGUUCAGACAAUUUCUGGUACAGGAGCUUUAAGAGUUGGUGCGGCUUUCCUCAAUGGUUUCUAUCCAUUUUCAAAAACCAUUUAUAUUCCCGCUCCGUCCUGGGGGAAUCACACUCCAAUUUUCAAACAUUCUGGAAUGGAAGUGAAAUCAUACAAAUUCUACGAUCCGAAAACUUGCGGUUUCGACUUUAAAGGGGCAUGUGAUGAUAUUAUGAAUAUACCUGAGAAGUCAAUUAUUCUGCUUCAUGCUUGCGCUCACAAUCCAACCGGUGUUGAUCCCAACCCAGAACAAUGGCAAGAACUUUCCAAUCUUAUCAAAAAGAAAAACCUAUUUCCCUUCUUUGACAUGGCUUACCAAGGAUUUGCAUCUGGUAAUAUUGACAAAGAUGCACAUGCAGUGAGAUUAUUCCUAAAAGAAGGUCAUAACAUAGCUCUUUGUCAGAGUUAUGCCAAAAAUAUGGGUCUUUAUGGGGAAAGAGUUGGAGCAUUCAGUAUUACCGCUGAGAACAAGGAUGAGGCAGCUAGAGUUUUAUCUCAAAUUAAAAUUCUCAUUAGACCCAUGUACUCUAAUCCUCCAAUCAAUGGUGCUAGAAUCGUUUCUGAAAUUUUAGGAGAUUCAAAACUCAAAGCUGAUUGGCUUGUUGAAGUAAAAGGAAUGGCUGACAGAAUUAUAUCUGUCCGAACAAAACUCAGAGAGAAUUUGAAAAAGGAAGGUUCAACUAGGAAUUGGCAACAUAUUACCGAUCAAAUCGGUAUGUUCUGUUUCACGGGAAUGAAUGCUGAUCAAGUUGGAAAAUUGAUUAAAGACCAUAGUGUUUACCUAACAAAGGAUGGUCGUAUAUCUAUGGCAGGUGUAACUUCAAAGAAUGUCGAGUACUUAGCGCAUGCAAUUCAUCAAGUAACAAAAUAAAUCAAUUGAGGUGCUCAGAUGAAACCCGGAUUUUAUCAGUUUUAAUGAGAUUUUUUUUUUCUCUCGCAUUUUCAAAUCAAUUUUGUUAUUGAUUUUGUUUACACUAAUUGCUUUAUUAUAUUGAAUAAAGAUAAUUAUAAUGA